AAUCUUCUGUACACACAGGAGUCAUUAUCAAGAUACCAGUCCGGUGGAUAUCAUCCAGUCAACCUUGGAGACACCUUUGAAGAUGAUCGUUACAAGAUACAUCACAAGCUAGGGUGGGGUGGCUUUUCCACAGUUUGGCUUGCGAAGGACAGAGAGAGACUAAUCUCACGCCAGUCACAAUCAAUGGGUCUCUUUGAAGAUCAUGACCGCAGAUUCAUCGGUAUCGCGAGAGCUGCAAAUGAGAGAAUUUCCUCGAAUUAUGUGAUUCAACUGCUAGACGCCUUCACCCACGAAGGCCCUAAGGGGGUCCACCAUUGUCUUGUAACUGAACUACUAGGCCCUUCAGUUGACAAGGUCCUCUCAGACUACCAUGAGAGCCACGAUAAGAUCUGCUCGGAAAUAAUACUCCGAAUGUCUACGCAGCUUUUGAAAGCUGUCAAAUUCAUUCACAGUGCUGUCCCUCUGUAUUUAUGCGCGAACAUUAGUGGCCGAAACAUCGCAUUUGGUUGCACUCAUUUAUGGAGAAAGACAGAGGAGCAGCUUUUUGAUGUUCUCGGUUUCCCGGAAGUUGAGCCGCUAACCCGGGUUGACGGCACGCCUUUAGGAACUGGAUUGCCGACCCAGCUGAUCAAAGCAGCAGAUUAG